AUGUAAAAAACAUUUGCUACUGAACGUGACACAGGGGGAAAUGAACGAUACUGUUCUCAUCACAACCGGCAUUGGCAAGCAUAAACAAAUCGAGCAUCCAAGAUACAAAACAAAAUCACACCCUUCCGAUGUUGCUGCCUACUGCGUCUGUUUUAUAUAUUUGCUCUCGAUUGUAAACCACGUUUUUCCUUCUCUUGCCAAUUCCCGCUCAGUCAACGACGAAAGCCACUAUGUGCUAGUAAAGGUGAUCACUUUCGUCAUUUUUUUUAGGUGUGUUGGUAAUUCUCUCACGGUACUAAACAUCGAACGUAACAGUACGUACACAUCAACCAAAGACAGUAGUUCGGCAUUGUAUUGUGUUGUUUUCAGUGAUUGAAACUAAACCUGUUUUGACAAAAGGGGAAUAUUGUCACCUGUCUUACCACAUCAUGGAUGAAACCGAAGCAUUAUUCUUGUACACAUAAAAGCAGUGAGAGAAAAUAACUGUGAGGAUACAUAGCAUGGUAUAGUUAUUAACAUGACUCUCACGUUCACUUUGACGCAUGUACCAGUUCAGUCUGACUGUAGCUGUGUAAUCCCCCGUUUGUUUCAAUUCAUUUCAUCUGCCAUUUUCAUUUUGACUCGCAACACGGUCGGAAUAUUUUUUCUUGCAAAGAUACUGUGCUCGUUAUUUCUGAAAUAGUUGUAGUAUAAUCUGCUGAAAAUGAGUGAUAGAGAUUCGCUCACUUCCGGUGAAACCCUCAACGAGUGAACACGUCGUAUCGUGUUAGUGCGGUGAAAAUUCGAGUAUUUCGCGAGAAAGAAAGGAUUUUCAUCCGUACUUCGGUGACUCCACGUUGUCACAUAGCGAGGGUUUCACUUGUAGUCCAGUGAAAAGAAAGUCCAUUGGACUAUAAACGAAAGCUAACUGGCAAUAUAGCUAAAUCGCUGUGCCAUCAAUCGGCGUCAUCUCAAGUGAGGUGACGCCACCAGAAGUGAAGAAGAAGAAGAGAUUCGCUAGAACCGGAGGAAAUCGAAAUCGAGACGAUGGACGAAUACGAAUGUCUGGAACUGGAGAAGAAAAUUGUGAACGAGUGGGGAAUGCAGCGGAGUUCAUUGAACAGAAUGAUUUACUGCGGCAUUACAUUACGAUGUCUGGAGCUGAUACAGAAUGAAGAGAUAAAUGAACUGUUCAAUGAUCCCCGGAUGCUGGGUCAGAAAGUUGUCUUCAAGCACAAAGUAAAAGAAUUACAGGCAAACACGGCGGUGCAAACUAUUACGGCACGAAAGCGGCGCCGUCACUCAGACGAAACUAACAAUAAGGCCGCCGAAUCUCGGGAGGACUCACUGUCUCCGAAGAAAAUAAAGGCUGAAGAUAUUACGAUAGAAGAUCCCUCUUUGUUGGAACCCGUUCAAUUGUUGGAAUCAUCCGAGCAUGCUAUUUCAAUGCACGAGUAUUCACUUGAAAAUGGAACCACUCCCAAAGCACCAACAGCUCAUUCGUUGGCAGGCCAUCUACCAAUCCGUAUUGACCCCGAUGGUCUCCGGGAGCUGCUGCAGGCCAGUCGACAAGGUCAAUGGGUUCUUUCGUACUUCAACACUUAUCACACAAUGAACCGUAAGAUUCAAGCUGCUCUCACCCACUGCAUUGUGGAACAGUUCCUGGUUUACAACAUUAUGUUUUCCCAUCGAUUGAUGCGCCACUAUGCUCAGAUCAUUACGCAACUGUUUCCCACCGAAACUGCUGAGGUCUACUACAAACCGGCACAAACCAUUGGUUGGAAACGGUCGUGUGCCUCCGGAAAACUUAUGGAUCGAUGGGCCAACCAGCGGAUGCGCCACAAGGAUCGAUACCCACAGCAGCGCCCCCGUAUACUGGACGAUAUGUCAGAUCAAAGGACUUUCGCGGAAAUGUCCCUGGUAGUUGAAUUUGCCCCAUGAAUGUGUGUUAGUGUGUCUGUGAGAGAGAGAAAGAAGUAAUUUAUUUCCGACUAGUGAAAUAGAGAGAUAAUAGCGUCUAGUCAGCACAAUUUUUAUUAAACGAUACAAGAUGAAAUUGAAUCGAAAUUAGAUUUAAGAUAAAUUCCUCUUAUCAUAUAAUUCACGUUGAAAAAUUUGCAAAAGUAAAAUAAACUUGUAAAGUCUUACCAUUCAUAA